UUCUUAGAUGGUCGAUCCAGCCCAUCUGAGCAGACAAGACCUCUCGUCCUUUUGCUUUCUGGACACCUCUGUCAUUCAUUAUAUGCCUUUAUGAAAAGGUGGGCACAAUUAGCACCUUGAACCUCAUUUUUUGAAGCCCUUGCUUGAUGAAGCAUUUUUGUUUUUGAAGGAUUCAGUGGUGUAUUUUUGCGCUCAAUUUAAGUUUUUUUUUUGCCUUUUUUGGGUUUCUUGUUUUAUCUGCUGCUGCCUGGCGGCUCACUUUGCCUAAUUCCCAACGAUCAAAAGUAAAAGACAGAAGUGAGUAAGAAGUGAGAAGAACUUUUGGAAGAUGAGCACUUACACCGUAAAUCUCAGUGGACCAGCACCAUGGGGCUUCCGCCUGCAGGGGGGAAAGGACUUCAACAUGCCCCUGACUAUCUCCAGGAUCACACCGGGGAGCAAAGCUUCCCAGGGCAGCCUGACCCAGGGCGAUGUCAUUGUGGCCAUCGAUGGAGUCAGCACUGAAGGCAUGACGCACCUGGAGGCUCAAAACAAGAUCAAGUGUGCCGGUUACAAUCUCGCCCUUACUAUGCAAAGGCCAAAACGUCCCGUUCCAAUGCCAAUGGACACCUACAUACCUAUCAUCCCGCAUGAGAAGGAGCUGGAAGGCCUAAUCAAUGGGGCCUACAGAAAGCAGGAAGUCACCCAGACCUUUGACACAGUGGUCACCAGUGCUGGUGCCAGGUCUCCCUCAAAGAGUUCCCAAGGGUCUGGCUCAUCAGGUGCAAUCAGCAAGGCACCCCCUAGCCAAAAGAAGCAGUAUAACACUCCCAUUGGGCUAUACUCAGCAGAGAUACUGAGGGAGAUGGCAGUGCUCCAGGGAAGCCUCAAAGGGAGCGGCUUUGCCGCUGGGAUUCCCGCGGGUAUCCUCCCUGUUAGAGAGCCUCUUGUAGACAGUACCUCUCCAGUGUAUCAGGCCGUGCUGCAGGCCGAGAACAAGGACACUGACGCAGUGGAGAGGAGCAGGCGCGCCACCCACCCACAGUCCAAGUGUUUCCGCAUUCUCGCCCACAUGACAGGAACUGAGCUCGAACAAGACGUAUAUGAAAAAUUACCCAGGCGAUCCAGUACUCCUGUUGAGCAUGCUGCAGUCUCCACAAGCCCUACUCCUGCUUCUCUGCCUGUUGCUGCUUCACCCAAUCAGCCUGUCCAUGAGACACAAAGCCUGACCCAUCAGGUUCUGGCAUCACCCCCUAUCGCCCAGACUGCGGUGGCUGCUCCUGUAGCCUCCACCCCAGAGAGUUUCACCACACAGCCUACCUUUGGCUACAGCUCCCAGUUCACAUCCUCCCCACCCAGGCCAUAUGGCAAGGCCCCGCCCAUACAGCAGAGUUCUAUACAGAUCCCUGUGGGACCGCCUCCACCCAAGGUUGUCAGCACAGCCAACAUUUUGCCUACCGCCUACCCCACUGCCCCGGCUCCAGUCCCCACCCCUGUCCAUAUUUCAGUGGCACCUGCUGUGGCCCCCACGCCUACUGAUCCCAACAGGCCCCCCUGGAUCGCUGAUAACACGUUCGCCCAGAAGUUUGACCCCAGCAAGACCACCACCACCACCACCAAUAUCAAAGUGCAACCUCUGCCCCAAUCAGCGCCCCCUCCCCCAGCCUACAUCCCCAACCCUGGCCAGACACCACCUGUCCCUAGUCCCGCACCUGCCCCCAUCCCCUUCCCUCCUGUGGCCCGCGGGGUGGCCCAGAGAGCUGAGCGCUUCGCUGCCAGUGGUCGGACCCCCCUUUGUGCAGCCUGUAACAACAUCAUCAGGGGACCUUUCUUGGUAGCGCUUGGUCGCUCCUGGCACCCAGAGGAGUUCAACUGCCAUUACUGUCACACAUCACUGGCGGACGUCAGCUUUGUGGAGGAGCAGAGCAGUGUGUAUUGCGAGAGCUGCUACGGGGAGUUCUUCGCCCCCACCUGUGCCCGCUGCAGCACCAAGAUCAUGGGGGAAGUGAUGCACGCACUGCGACAGACAUGGCACACCACCUGCUUUGUGUGUGCCGCCUGCGGGAAGCCCUUCGGCAACAGUCUCUUCCACAUGGAGGACGGUGAACCAUACUGUGAGAAAGAUUACGUCGUCCUCUUCAGCACUAAGUGCCACGGCUGCGACUUCCCCGUAGAAGCUGGAGACAAGUUCAUCGAGGCGCUGGGUCACACAUGGCACGACACCUGCUUCGUUUGUGCGGUUUGCCACAUCAACCUGGAGGGCCAGCCAUUCUACUCCAAGAAGGACAAGCCCUUGUGCAAGAAGCAUGCCCAUGCCAUCAACGUGUAGACUCAACUCCCUCCACCCCAACCUUCCUGGACGUGGGACAAUGCUGCCCUCUAGAGGAUGACAGAGAAGAGCAGCACGGUGCCGAGGAAGAGGAGAGAUUCACUCUGCUGCUGAUUGCACUGUUUGUCAGGGAUGUGCAGAGAAACAUGCUUUAAUUAAGCUGUGUGAUUCACAAAACAUGACCAAGAUAUUUUGGAACACCAUCUUUCUUAAUUUAGAUACACUUCUGCUUUUUUCACAUGCUACUGAAGACUUGAAAAGAUUGACUGUUGUCAUAUUUUUGCCUUUAUGAUAUAAUUGUAAAUAAUGAUAAUAAUCAUUUCUAAAGAUACUCUUUAUAUAGACCCCUGCUGGAGAAUAGACUGAUGAAUUAUGAAACGCUUUGUUGUUACUAAUUUUUUGAGACAAAAUAUCUUGGUCCUAAACUGAUGAAGUUGUUCAUAAACCUGUACUUUUUCAGAGUUUGUAAUGAAAGAAAAUGCUUUGUGGAUAUGAAAUGACUGCUGCUUCGUCCUCCAGAUAAUAUAUAUAAUAUAAAUGUUUUAACAGUUUAAAUAGCAUAUGAGUAGUUCAGUUAGAUAUACACAGUAUAUUCAGGUUAAUUUAGUAUUUUACUACUUAGUUAGCAAUUAACUAAAAACAUUCUGAAGAAAUUGAUGUCUUGAAGAAAUGACGCCUUGUAGUGAUUCUACAAAUUCUACACGAUCCUCUCACAUCAACAGCUGAAACUUAUUUAAGAUCUUAAGCUCUGGAAGAACAGUAAAUGUAUUUAUUUAUGUUCUAAUCCUUUAUUUAUUUUCCAUUUUAAGCUUUUAAAUAUUGUUUUUACAUUAUUUUACCUUGUUUUGAAUCAGCAGUAGUACUUUGUGAACAUUACUGCCACACCCAGUUCAUCUGUCUGAUACAAGGCUAAUGACUGAGCUCUCAGUCACUUGCUGAAGAUUUGGUGGGGACGGGGGAGGUCUGGGAAGGGGCAGGGAAGGUACUUUUGGAUUUGCUUUUGGGAUAGCAGCCGUCGAAUGUUAGGGCUGAGGAGGGGGGUGGACUGUCACUCUGGCAGAAGGACUGGCAGGUCCCUCAGUUUUCCUGCUCUCUGCUGCAAUAGGUGACAGCUGCUUGUCAAGCCAAGGUCUUUUGAACAUUUUUUGAGGUCUGACUCAACUUGGAAAUACGCCUUAAAGUUUUUGAAACACUUUUGUAUACAAACUGAAUCCAAACUCUUUGCAAUAUGUCUUUUUAAAUUCAGGGCCAAUACAGCCCUGCUAUAUAUAUUUUUUCUUCAAUUUAACAUCCACUCAAAAGGUGAAACUAUGCAUUUUAGGCUUUUUGCAGAGAUUUUAUGGGGUGUGUGUGUCCUGGCUUAUGAAACUGAAUUUCUUAUAAGUAAUGUACGUUAUACUUACACAUAUUGCACAUUUCGUCCACCAGGGGGCGGGAAGGUUUUAUCACUAUGCUUGUUUUUCCAUAAUUCAUUAAGAAAACUGUCUAUGAUCGCGUUAAAAAGUAAAUCAGCUUGUGUAAGCCAUAUACUCACGUUAUAUGUUUGCAACAAUAACACAUUUUACUCCUUAAAUAAUUAUUUUAACCCUUAAAAAAUUGAGAAGUUUUAUGCACUGUGUCUGACAGAGUAAUGAUAAACAGUUUUGUAAAAAUCUUUAUGGGCUUUUGUGUUUGGCUGGGGCUACUUUAAUAGUCAUGGGAACCCACGUGACCUAACGAGGUAGGUAGGUGUUGCUAUUGGCCACUCUGCCAGUAACCCUAGACAGUGACAUUUCAUUGAUUAAGAAUUCCACCUGUUUCUGCUGUCAUGAAAUUGGGAUAAUGAUACUGGAAUUUGUGCGAUUUCUGAAUGAUACUGGAACUUCUGCGAUGGAUGAAUCAUGCAGAGCUGGAGGAGUUUUCAAAUUAUGAUGAGCAUCUCAUGCUUUUCCCACCCCCUUCCUUUUCUGCUGAUCACUUCACUGUCCAUUCCCUGAUAACCUCCUCCUCCUUCUUUAGUCCUUUGUUCAUUCCAUUUUAGUCGUCAUGGUUCCGGUGCUCUUCACCCACCCCACUACCAAUCAUCACCCAUCCCCCCCGUUGAUCCAUCUCACCUCUCUGUUUUCUCAUUUGGCCUUUCUCAUACUUCUCUAUUCUCAUCUUUCCAUUUGCUUUCCUACUUCCGGUGGCCUCUGAGUCACCCUCACCUCAAGUUAGUUACCCACAAUGCCCUACCACCUCUGCCCCUUUAUAUCUUUGUAGAGUGACCAGCUUCUAAACCUUGAGACUUUAAGUGUUUGGUUCUAUGCGUGUUUACACUGGAUUGUAUGCACCAUUUCUGUCAUGGUUCAUCUGCAGGGUUUCAGAACUUGGCUAUGUGCAGCUUGAAAAUGAGUCUAAUGUAUCUGCCCUGCGCUUGUUUUCCAGUAUGAUAUGAGAAAGUAUGUAUGUUGUAAUAAAUUAAUGAGUUUAACGAUA